AUGAAGUGCGAGGUCACGAUGUUGACUGUUAUACCUCUGUUGUUACGCGUAGUGCACGCCAGUCGGGUCCACGCUGUUAGCUUUCUGUCCAAUGCCACGUACCAAGAAAUGGAGUGGAAAGCUGAGUCUAGUUUAUCUCUUCGUGACAUUUUACCAGUGAAGGCAAAGUAUUAUGACAAAAACAGAGCUCCCAAACUGUCGGGACAACCCACGAUAGUGUACUUCCACGUGACUGUGUUGUCAUUAGACUCUAUAAAUGAAGAGAGUAUGACUUACGUAGCAGACGUCUUUCUCGCGCAAUCAUGGAGGGACCCGCGGCUUCGCUUGCCAGAAAAUAUGCACGAAGAGUACAGAAUCCUGGACGUGGACUGGCUCAACAAAAUCUGGAGACCAGAUUGUUUCUUUAAGAACGCGAAAAAGGUUACAUUCCACGAAAUGAGUAUACCCAACCACUAUCUAUGGCUGUAUCAUGACAAAACUCUGCUUUACAUGUCCAAAUUGACGUUGGUAUUGUCUUGUGCAAUGAAGUUCGAGUCGUAUCCCCACGACACACAGAGCUGCUCUAUUAUGAUAGAAAGUUUAUCACAUACAGUCCACGACUUAGUUUUCAUUUGGAACUUGACAGACCCAUUAGUGGUAAACCCCGACAUAGAACUGCCGCAGCUCGAUAUAUCCAAUAAUUACACGUCUGAUUGUACUAUUGAAUAUUCUACAGGUAACUUCACUUGUUUAGCUGUGGUCUUCAAUCUUCGUCGGCGUUUGGGCUACCAUCUCUUCCACACUUACAUUCCAUCAGCAUUAAUCGUAGUUAUGUCUUGGAUCUCUUUUUGGAUAAAACCGGAGGCCAUACCUGCGCGAGUUACAUUGGGUGUAACCUCGCUUUUGACUUUAGCAACACAAAACACGCAGUCCCAACAAAGCUUACCGCCUGUGUCGUACGUCAAAGCGAUAGAUGUGUGGAUGUCAUCUUGUUCUGUUUUCGUUUUCCUCUCUUUAUUUGAGUUUGCUGUGGUCAACAACUACAUGGGACCUGUCGCUACAAAAGCCAUGAAAGGAUAUUCUGAUGAAGAUUUGAGUAGAGAGUUAGAUGCUUAUAAGCAUAUAUUCCCGAACUCUGUGGACCCUCGCGCCAGCACGUCCGCGUCACUCCCGCAGUACGACACCUUCUGUAAUGGCAGAGAGACUGCUGUGUACAUCGACCGCUUCUCCCGUUUCUUCUUCCCGUUCUCAUUCUUCAUACUAAACGUUGUAUAUUGGUCUACGUUUUUG